AUGCAGAUCGAUCACCGGUGCAACAUGGCGAUGACCACACAAAAUUGGUGUGUGGAGAUCGAGGAGGAUAACGCAUGGGCAAACGAGAUCGGAAUCGAUAUGCAUUACCCGAGGUACCUUGUGGAACCAGAUGAAUUCAGGGAAGCUUUCAAAUCGCAGAUGCUAGGCAUUCUUGUCGCUGCUUGCGCUGAACAGGAGCAUGGUACCGAUGUAACGAAUUUCUAUUCAACUGCUUCGCAAAUUCUCGGUGAACCGCUGACUGAGGAAAGCGUGAGGAGAAUCUUUGGCUGUCAUUCGCUUGCCACUUUUUGGGAAGAGCAAUUUCCAGGAUGUGUACUCAAUAAGGGUAGCCGUUUCCAGCUCAUCGCACUACCUGGAAACGAAACUGAUUUUAUGGAAGAUAUGGAGAGGUUGCGUGCCGAAUGCGUGAAAAAGGAUAAGGAAAAAAAGGAGAUUCACAUCGUUGAGGCUGCUCAACCCGAAAAUGUGCAAAAGCGUAUGGAGAGCUUCAAUCGCUUAUACGUUUUGCUUCAAGGUAUAAAUGAAAGCAAGAAAGUGUCAAUAAACACUCCGGUGAAACACAGCGAGAUCGCGAACACCUUGAAAACUGAAUUUGGUAUAAUACUCAACAAAGAGUACAUCAAGGAAAACUACGGACGCUCCAAAUUCAAGCUCGUCUUCCAGGACAAUUCGCAGACAAUUUUUCCGCAGCGACUUGAGUACAUUGAAGACCCAACGAAAGGUGGCAUUUUUUCAAUUGCCAUCAAGCCUGGAGCCGAAAGACUCACAGAAGAAGAGAUCGCAGAGGCAGUGGAGAAAGCGAAAAGAAACGAGGAAGCAGUUACGGCCCCCAAAAAGACGUUUCAGCCAAGAGAAAACCGUCAGUAUCAACCACAGUCGAAGAAAGCUUCAGAAGAGCGUAUUCAACUUAGUGACGCGGAUCGUGCUCUAUUUCAAGACAAACCCACUUCCACUUCCACUUUCAAUACUACUUCGCAGGUGAACCGAAAGAAUUCGGCCGCGACCACCGAAUCAAAUCCACCCAGGAACAUGUAUUUAGCACCAAAAGGAGAAACUAACAAGGCUCAACAAAGGCAAGAGGGCCAGAACUACACCUCAGAAGAAGAGAGCAGUGGUGAUGAACAAGGUUGCUCGCGUCAUAGCAAACAGAAGCAACCUCCACAGACAAAGCCUAGUCGGACUCGAGGUCCCGCACAAGAUGAUGAUCGUCUUCCAGUCGAGGAGGAUGAAUUCGAUGUCGGUUAUUCGAAAAUGAACGACGACUAUGCAGAGCUUCCGUCAUUGGAUCAGCCUUCAUAUAAUCAACAGGUGCAGCAAGAAAGUCAGUAUCAGAAUCAGCCACAUAUAACACCUCAAAACCAUGCUCGCAAUAUCGAUGACUAUUUUGAUGGUACCGCUCAGCAAAUGAUGUUCGACAAUCCUGCUCAAUUUGAUCAACCAGUUCAAAAUGUGCGAGAUAGUGCUCGACAUUUUGCUCCAAUUCAAAAUCCCAAUGAUUCGCAUGGAAGUCAACGUCGUUCACACGGUCCACAUCAAGGAGUGCCGGCUCAGAAUCAAUCCACCUAUAAUCAGUCACCACGUGUGGCAAAUGUUCCAACGGAUCUUGUAUCAUCGAACUCUCCUUACGGUUAUGGUGAGCUACCAUUUGUACAAGGAAACUAUUCACCAGAACAACGGUAUCAAGGCAAUAAUAUUGCUCAGCCUACAUCAAUGGCAGCUCGUCCAGCUUCACAAGGAGCAUCUCGACGUGUUCCUCAACGCGGCGAUUCCAGUGCUCCUGGACCCCUUUCGGUUUCUAACCACGAUAUCAUCAUCAUCAAUCAUCGUCGCCGUAUUGGCGCUUUUCAGCAAGUGAUGUCUAAGCGAGCUGCUGAAGCACAAACUCCCUAUGAAAUGAUUGCGGAUUAUCAACUAAAUCUAAGCGGCCCACGUGAUAAACGAGAUGUGAUGAUCGAGGCUAUCAUUUCAAUGGUUCAACUUCACGACCAGAAUAAUCAGGAUCUGAGGUUGUCAAAUCUGGGAACGAAGCUCUCGGCCUUUUGUGGAGUCGAAGUAUCGCCAAAGGACUUUUGCCGCGAGAAUUGGGCUGAGCUGCAACCAUUCCGCGGGAGCGACUUUCACGUCUUCUUCAUCAAAGAUGGC